AUAUCGUUAGGCGGCAAUGGGUCUCAAAAUCUCCUCGCUUUGGGAUCGUCUUUUCGGCAAGAAGGAAUUGCGAAUUUUGAUGGUGGGCCUGGACGCAGCAGGCAAAACUACAAUCCUGUAUAAAUUGAAGUUGGGUGAAGUGGUGACUACCAUACCAACCAUUGGCUUCAACGUCGAAACUGUUGAAUACAAAAAUAUCAGUUUCACUGUGUGGGAUGUUGGUGGACAGGAUAAGAUCAGGCCGCUGUGGAGGCACUAUUAUCAGAACACCCAUGGUUUAAUCUUUGUGGUGGACUCCAAUGACCGUGACCGCAUUGGCGAUGCUAAGGACGAGUUGCAGAGAAUGAUGAACGAAGAGGAACUACGAGAUGCUGUCCUCUUGGUAUUCGCUAAUAAACAAGAUCUGCCAAAUGCUAUGAAAGCCAGUGAAGUGACAGAUCAGUUGGGCUUACAAUCGAUGCGACAUCGACAAUGGUUCAUCCAGUCCUGCUGUGCCACGACUGGUGAUGGUCUCUAUGAGGGCCUCGAUUGGCUCAGCCGCGUCUUAUGCGCCAAGAAGUGAGGAACUGUUAGUAAGCAUGGUCAGAAAAGAUGUGCGUUGAUUAUCACUGCCCAUUACCAUGCACUGCAUCAAUUUCCUAAUCAUCUCAUAUACAGUAAUAUACUU